AGGAUGACGACAACCAACUCACAACUACCUGAAAGGUACACAAAAUUGUGAAAGCUCAACAUUUACAGUCCUGCGUUGCUACAAUUUAGCAAUCCUGUCAAAAUGGCCAGAUUGCUUCUUUCAUCCGGUCAAGUGCAGGUCAUCGCAUCGGGCUUCGUCGUGGUUAUUUGUACAUUUGCGCUCUUUAUUAGUGGCUACAUAAUCCAGCAAAGAACGCUCACUCAACUCCGCUCAGCGAUCAAGCCACGACAAGAGACACGCCCGUCGCCAAAAGUCUAUCUCCCCGAGAAGUUCCAAGUACGGACGAAAGAGCUAGAGGAUGGUCGGGUUAUCGACAUAGAUACAGAAGCAGAUAUUGAAGUGCGAAGGCAGCGGCUCUUAGUUGAGAUCAAGGAGACGAAACCUAAUGUCGAUGUUGAGGGCAAUGCCGCACUGGAGAGAAAUAUCGAGAUUAUAAAACAGCUACAGGCCAAAGUGGUGGACAAGAUGUCAACACCUGAAGGACAUGUCGAAGCACCAGUCAAGAACCACAAGCCUGUGAGCAAGGCAAAGAGGAGGAAGAUGAUCAAGCAAGAACUUCAGAAGUCAGCCCAGGCUGAAGAUGGGCUUUACUACCAACGCAGGAUGUGGUGAGUUGUUCGCUACAAUGCACGGUUUGAUUUGAAUGUGUAUAUGGGAAUGAGAAUGGGAUAUGUAAAUGCACAGGUAUUUAGGCAUAGAAUGAACAGUUUAGCUCGUAUGAUGGAUAACAGCUAGUUAUGGAUUUGAUAUAAGUUGA